CUAUGUAACUAGAGAGCUACUUUCGUUUGUCUAUGCUUGCUUGCAGUGUAAUAGGUCGAUAAAACAAAAUAUUGGACAUAAAUAGUUUGCCGAAAUGGCUCCUUUAAAGUUUUACGCCGAUUUAAAGUCACAGCCAUGUAGAGCUGUUUAUAUCUUAAUGAAAGCGAACAAUAUUCCGUUCGAAUUUGUUAAGGUGGAUCUCUUUGUUGGUGAGCAGCUUCAGGAAGACUUCACAAAGAUCAAUCCCAUACAACGGGUUCCAGCCAUUGACGACAAUGGAUUCACCCUGGGAGAAAGUGGUGCAAUAUUUCGCUACCUUGCCGGGAAGUUCAAUGUGCCUGACCAUUGGUACCCGGCCCAAGAUCUUCAGAAGCAGGCGCGCGUUGACGAAUACCUGAACUGGCACCAUACCAACACAAGAAUGUCAACCAUGAUGACCUUCAGACACCAGUUCAUCAACACAGUUCGUAGGAAACCAUUGAAACAAGAUGAAAUUGCGAAAUUCAAGAGCGAUCUUGCGAAGACUGUAAAUCACAUAGGAAGUUAUUUCCUGAAAGACCGCCGAUUUAUUGGUGGCGACGACAUCUCGGUCGCUGAUUUGCAGGCAUUCUGCGAGUUGAUGCAACUCGAUGUGAUUGGUCAACAAGAUUUGUACUUGUCCAAUGAAAAUGUUAAGAAAUGGGCGGAGCGAGUCAAGGCAAAGGUGGGGUCCUUUUUGGAAGAAUGCUAUGAAGAAGGAGUUGGCUCGAUGAGAAAUGUGUGGGUGGCAGUGACCGAGUCAAAAUUAUAGACCAAGGCAAUAACUGUUUUAUGGAUAUGCAGAAUUUACCUUACAAAACGAUAGUUUGUGAAAAAAUAAAAAAAUAUUUGUAUUGCUGUUCAAGCACAUAUUUGAAUGUUAAAUAAAUAUGUUAAAAGUUCACAUAAUGUCUCAUUUUUGUUGAGCAAAGGAAAGGCAACUUGACAGUUUAUAACAUUGCCUCAAUACUGUUUAUAAUUAAAUGUACCGGUAUCACUACAGAUUAAAUAAUUAGAGCAAAAAUGCGUAUAUAACUAUGGAUAAUGUUUGAUAACACCCCUAGGUUCAGCCGAUGCUUUAUUAAACAGAAAUGGAUUGAAAAUACCACGGGAAAUCGACCCCUCAUUAUGUGCUAAUGAGGUAGAUAAGUGGGCGGAGCAUAGCGCUUUGCAAACAGUACCUGAGCAGUUAACCAUUUUAAAAUUAAAGUUCACAUGAAGAAAACAAAUUAAGCUCCUGUGUCUUAAAUUAAAUUUUUGAAUGCAAAACUAUCAAUGUUGUUUAGUUAAAAUCGGCGAUUCAAUGUGUCGA